AUGGCUUCUCAAGUCAGACGAAAUAUUCCCUCUUUUUCAACUGUAACUUCCAGUUUUAAGUCAUACAUCAAUUCAUUACCGCUACUGACUACGAUAAUUGCGUUAUUCUGUAUUCUUAUUUAUAUUGUUGAUUCAAUACAAACAUAUGCUGAUAAUUAUUUGUUUAAAUUGCUUGCUCUUGAGCCCAACGCAUUUUUCAAUUGGGAAGUAUAUCAACUUUUCACAUUUCCAUUUCCACAUUUAUCACUUGGACACAUUUUAUUUUGCCUGCUGGCGUUUGUGCCAUUAAGUACGGCCAUAGAACACACAAUCGGAACACUGGAAUAUUGCUAUGUUUUGAUAACGAUGUUCACAUUAUUACCAGGAGCGUUUUAUUUGAUUGGGUCGUUAAUAUUUAACUAUAAGGAUGUAAGGUUGGGUGGGUUAAGUACUUGGAUUUUUGGUGUUGUGGUUUGGGAAAGUAGAGAAUUGGCAGGACGAGAACGAGAUAUCUUUGGAAUAAUCAGAGUUCCUGCACAUUUUUAUCCACUUGUUUUGUUACUAUUAAUGGAAAUUUUCUUUCCGCGAAAAUGGUUCGCAGGUCAUGUGUGUGGACUGAUUUCAGGAUAUCUUUAUUCUUUCGGAUACCUCUCGAAAAUUUUACCCCCCUCUGGAUACUUUGUCAAUCUUGAAUCGAAAUCCAUAAUUCAACGAAUAUCACAAAUUCGUGGGUUUGUCAAAGCCGAAGAGGGAAGUCGAGGUGGAUGGUGGCUACCACUUUGGAAUGAUGAUGAGGUAUUGGAAGAUGCUAUACAUCCGCCUGGAGAAGUAUUAAAUCAGAUUCCUAAUACGACGGAUGCUGCUGCCUCUACUACUAGAACAUCAACAAUUCCAACCACCAAUAUAACAACAACUAAUACGAAUACAUCACCACCACCACCUCCAAUAUCUACCUCUACUAUCUUUGUGGUACCCUCCUCUAAUUCAUCAACCAAACAGGUGACGGAGGUUAAUAGUACAAAUCCGAAUAUUAAAGUGCCAGAGGAACAAGAUUUGCUUGAUACUCGUACAAUACUCUCUGCAGCAGUAUUGGCCGAGGAUUAUCGUCGUGACACAUGGCGAAAACAGCUACAACGUUGGACAGGAAAAUGGAACCCUUCUGACGAUGAUUGGCAACGUUAUCGCAUUUGGCUCAUGGAAAAUACACUGUUUCGACACUUGAAACGUUUACAAGACUAUAAAGUACCUGAUGAAACUUUACGUUUAUACACGUUUCUAUAUCAUCAAUGGAACUCGUUAUCUGAGAGUCAGAAAACUAUUUCGGGGAUUAUAGCGAUUAAUGCCGUGGUUUUUCUAAUGUGGCAAAUACCAAUUCUCUUCCCUUUCAUGAAUCGAUAUUUUUCACAUAACCCAUUAUCGGGAUACUCAAUAACGCUGUUAACCUCAGUGUUUAGUCACAAGGCAUUCUGGCAUGUCGGGUUGAACAUGAUGGCACUUUACUCUCUUGGCGGGGUAGUGCAUAAUUUGCUUCAACGUGAACAAUUUCUGGCGUUUUACUUGACAUCUGGGAUUUUUUCAUCGCUGAUUAGUCAUAUAUUCUCGUUGACAUAUAUUCCGCGUGCGAAAAUCAUUCCUUCUAUAGGUGCAUCUGGGGCGAUUUUUGCUUGUUUGAGUGGGUGCGCGGUAUUGUAUCCUGACGCUUCGGUCUAUGUUCUUUUCUUUCCUUUUUUCCCGAUAAAGCUCAGUUAUGCGCUUCCCAUGAUAAUGGGACUCGAUUUGUUGGGAAUUUUGAAGGGAUGGAUGAUGUUUGAUCACUAUGCUCAUUUGGCGGGUGCAAUAUUUGGAAUUGGUUAUGUGAAGUACGGGAAAGAGUAUAUUUGGCACCCUAUUCAGAAAUACCUAAUUACCUGA